AUGGAAACAUAUGAGUUCCUUAUAUUACUACUGUGUUCUGGUACUUUUGGAUGUAUAUAUCCUCGGGAUCUGACUGUCUCUGUACCAAACCUGGAGGCUCUGAAUGGAUCCUGUUUGCUGAUCCCCUGCACAUUCAGUAUUCCCAACCAACAUGAAGAUAAAAUAGACCUGAGUAAACCUGUUGUAGCCAUUUGGAGUGACGUGGUUCCCAACAUCGGCAGACCUGCAGAUCCAGUAUUUUUUCACAGCGAUAUGACCAGCCUAACAUCUCCUAUGGAAAUGAUUGGUGACCUACAACAGAAAAACUGCACCAUGCUGUUCUCUGAUAUAAACACAAAUCAUUCUGAUGACUAUUUCCUCAGAAUAGAAAACUAUAAGUAUAAGGCAACUGCAGGUUGCAACCCACUUAAGAUAAACGUCCAAGAGUCUGCGUGGAUUCCUUCAGUGCAAGUCUCAGGAUCACAAAGGGAGCAGGAGACAGUGACUAUAACCUGCUCUGCUCCCUCUCCUUGUCCUCACUCUCCUCCUGAACUCACAUGGAGCUUUCAACCAGAGCUUCCACACAACAUGCUCCAAAGCUUCCCCACCUCAGUGCAACACAUGGUCCAAAACUCUGAUGGGACCUUCCACACUUCAGUGCAACUUCAGAUGAGAUUAUCUGAGAACUACCAUGGACUGGAGGUGCGCUGUUCUGCUGUGUAUCCUGUGAAGGAAGGACACAAGACGGCACAUGGAAACAUCACUGUGAGGAUAGAGCAUUCUCCUAUGAACACGUCUGCACAGCUCUGUAUGAAUACUUUCCCUCCAUCUGUGGGACAGUCUGUAGAUCUGAGAUGCUCCUGCAGAGCCUGGCCUCCAGUCCAAAGCUUCACCUGGUUCAGGGUCACCUCACAGGGUCCACAAAGAGUUUAUGAAGGACAAGUCUACAGCCUCAUCUUCAACCAUACAACUCAAGGAGAAUACUUCUGUCAAGCCCAGAACCAAGUCGGGAAACAAAACUCCUCAACCAUCAAACUGCAGCCUGAGGAGGCUAACAUCGAGAUUGGGCUUUACACCAUACUAAAGAUAUGUGGGAUUGUUGUUCUCUUCAGCGCUCUACUCCUCAUUGAGUGUUGUAAAAGAAGAAUGACCCAGAGCCGUAAUCCUGAAAUAUAA